UUUUUUCCCUUUCGUGAACGGAAUAAACACUUCCCACACUCGAUUUCAGCUACAUAUGAUGUUAUUUUCCAUUCAUAUUUAAAUAGCUUCUUCCAAAAGAUUCUCCCAUUGUUCCUUUUUCUCUGCGACUAUUCAGCUUCUCUAUAUACUAUAGUUAUAUUUAUCUAAUAUUUUUAUAUCAGUUUUUAAGUUUAAAAACAUACAAUACUUAUAGUACUAUAAACACAUCAAUAUUAGGUAUUAAAACUUGAGAAAAAAGAUAAUUUUAUAGAAAAACAUAAUGAUUAACGAAAGGAUAAGACUAGAGCUUCCAUGCAAGAGAGAGGAGCCUCUCUCUCUCUUCCCCAUAAUCGACCAUCGAGGAGGCGUCGUUGGAGCACCACAAGGAGCUCGAGCUGCCGUACACCAAAAGCCAACGCUCGGAGCGCAGGAGUAAGAUCAAAAGGGAAAUAUCUAUCAUGAAGAUCGUAAGACAUCCCAACAUAGUUAGGCUUAAUGAGGUGUUGGCCGGCAGGACAAAGAUAUACAUAGUCUUGGAACUUGUCACUGGAGGUGAACUGUUUGAUAGAAUAGUCCGCCAUGGGAAGCUACGUGAGAAUGAAGCUAGGAAGUAUUUCCAGCAGCUUAUUGAUGCCAUUGAUUAUUGCCACAGCAAAGGAGUUUAUCAUAGAGAUUUGAAGCCUCAAAACUUGCUUCUUGACUCUCGUGGAAACUUGAAACUUUCUGAUUUUGGACUUAGCACAUUGUCUCAAAAUGGAGUAGGCCUUGUACACACGACAUGUGGAACACCAAAUUAUGUUGCACCUGAGGUGCUAAGUAGCAAUGGAUAUGACGGAUCUGCAGCAGACAUUUGGUCGUGUGGUGUCAUUCUCUAUGUUUUAAUGGCUGGUUACCUUCCCUUUGAGGAGAACGACCUUCCACAUUUGUAUGAAAAGAUAACUGCAGCUCAGUACUCAUGCCCAUAUUGGUUCUCUCCAGGAGCCAAGUCAUUGAUCCAGAGAAUACUUGAUCCAAAUCCAAGAACUCGUAUCACUAUUGAAGAAAUAAGAGAAGACCCAUGGUUUAAGAAGAACUACGUAACUAUUAGAUGUGGUGAAGAUGAAAAUGUCAGCCUAGACGAUGUUCAAGCUAUUUUUGACAAUAUUGAGGACAAGUAUGUAUCAGACGAAGUAACGCACAAGGAUGGUGGUCCUCUUAUGAUGAAUGCCUUUGAGAUGAUUGCACUAUCUCAAGGUUUGGAUCUCUCAGCAUUGUUUGAUAGGCAACAGGAGUUUGUCAAGCGCCAAACACGUUUCGUCUCAAGAAAGCCAGCCAAGACUGUAGUAGCUACAAUUGAGGUUGUUGCUGAGUCAAUGGGUCUCAAGGUCCACUCCCGGAACUACAAGGUGAGGCUUGAAGGUCCAGCGUCAAACAGAGCGAGCCAAUUUGCUGUUGUUCUAGAGGUCUUUGAAGUUGCUCCUUCUCUGUUCAUGGUCGAUGUUCGAAAGGUUGCCGGUGACACUCCGGAAUACCACAGGUUUUACGAGAACCUAUGCAGCAAACUUUGCAGCAUAAUCUGGAGGCCAACCGAAGUUUCUGCCAAAUCUACGCCGCUGAGGACGACCACCUGCUAGCCGCCUAGCCCAGCACUGAGCUACUGUAGUGGCAUCACCAAGAGACGUGAUUCGUAGCCGUCAGAAAGGGAGAGCUUCUGUUGAAUCUAGCAUUGCUCGUGGAGCUGGGAUUCAUGUUGACCACCAGGUGUUUGUAUAUUGUAGUAACGCUAUUGUAGAUAGUCUGUAUAGCUCCAUUUGUGCAGUUGUACGUAGCAGGAAUAUGUUAAAAAACAACUUUUAAUGUCAGGUAUAAUCGGUUUGCAUCCAGGAAGCAUCUCCAACAGUGUCUUAAAUCAGUACUCUAUUUUUAAAUAUAGGGUUCAACUUAUAAAAACAGUUUUAACAAUGCCCUAUUUUAUA